ACUAUCUCAUAGAGGUGGUAAAGUGACUGGACAAUACCACCUUGUUGGUAGAAGCAAAAAUAAUAAAAAGCAUCGUUACGUUGACUUAGUGAUAGAGUCGCCUGGACACACCGUUGCAAUAGAAUUGGCAGCAACACUAAGGAAAAAAGGCCAUUUACAUUUUUUAUAUAAGGCAACAAAAGAUCCUUAUUGGCCUGAUGAUAAGGAUCUUAAGAAGGGCCUUAGGGUCGCACACAUUUGGCACGAUUUGGAUUUCCAAGAAAUAAACACAAUUGCAUGUUGGUGGGACCACGAAAAGAAUGAAAGGCAUAUAACCGGUGAAGAAUCUUUG